CACAAACAUAUGAAUAUUUUCCCCCUUUCUUGAUGUUUUUCCCUUUCUCUUUGUUUGACAGGAACAUCGGCAGCCAUUUGUCUAUUAACAAGAGCGUGGACGCCUGCAUCGGGUCAGACAGUCACGUGACCUCGUUAGAGCACGUCCAAGCCCGGCUCACUCUGUCCUACAACCGGAGGGGAAACCUGGCCAUCCACCUCAUUAGUCCUGCCGGUACACGCUCCACUCUGCUCCACCCCAGGCCUCAUGAUUACUCAUCGGAGGGUUUUAAUGACUGGGCUUUCAUGAGCACCCACUCCUGGGACGAGAACCCCAGCGGGGCGUGGACGCUGGAGAUUGAGAACGUGGCCGGUGCCAGCGACUACGGCACUCUAACCCAGUUCGUCCUGGUGCUGUACGGUACCGGCUCAGCAUCUUCCAGCUCCUCUGAGAAGUCUCAGCCUCUCAACGGCAACUGCAAGACCUUGGAUCUGAGGCAGAUAUGCAUCGAGUGCAACGGCGGCUACUACCUCUUCCAGCAGAGCUGUGUGAAACAGUGUCCACCAGGCUUCUCAGUGGGCUCCCAGCCUGUCAACUACACAGUGGGAAACUCCAUACCACCAGCGUCCGUCCCCGCCUGCCUGCCCUGCCUGCCGCCCUGCCUGACCUGCAGCAGCCUCAGCCCUCAGGCCUGCCUGUCCUGCCCUCCUCACAGCUCCCUGGACCCCAUUUCUGGAACCUGCCUGCACCUCAACCAGUUCAUGCGCGAGACCACCGGCAGCUUCAUGGUGAGCCAGGGCAGCACGAGAGCACAGCUUCAGCUCAGCUCCAAGCUGCCCAUCACCAUCGCCGUGCUCAGCUGCAUCGCCAUCAUCGCCACCUUCGCCGGCAUCUUCCUGCUGCUGCAGCUGCGCUCAGGCGCGCUCAUCAAGCUGCCCUCCCUGGAGGCCGGCGGUGGCCUCGGGGGCAGCUUCAGCCUCGGGGGGAAUAGGGUGGUGUCGUACCGCGGCAUCCCGACAGUCUGGGGGGAUGACGGGGUGAACACAGACUCCGAAAAUGAAGAGUUUGACGUCCAGAAUGAGAGGACUGCCUUUAUCAAAACACAAAGUGCUCUUUAAUGCCUCCCCCACGUCCCUCUUUUCUCUUCUGCUUUUAAAAUCUUCUCACCCUCAUUUGUCUGAUAAUUCAGGGCUGUGGUAACUGUCUGUUCACAGUCUUUGCUGGUUUUUAUCUUCUCAUUCAUUUUUUUUUUUUUUCUUUUCCUUUCUCCGUCUUAUCGGAUUCUCAUCUGAGCCCCGUUCUGGGAUCUGGUCUUCCACUCUGCUGUGGGAGACCUGAUGGGAAGCUGCUGUCUCUCAAAGCUCUGGAUGGCCUGAGCUUUGCUCUAUUCACACUUGGGCGCAUUUCUAUUAAACUGGCUCUCUCCCUCCUCUUGCCCUCAAUCACGAACAGUGUCUGUCUGUGCAGAGUCCAUUUUCCCCUCCAGCUCCAG